AUGAGCACCACCACCACCACCGACAGCAACCCCAAGAUGCAGUACGUCCGCCUCGGUAACUCUGGCCUCAAGGUCUCCCGACUCAUCCUGGGAUGCAUGUCGUACGGCACUCCGACGUACCAGUCCUGGAUCCUCGACGAGAAGACGGGCAUCGAGCACAUCAAGCACGCUUACUCCCGCGGCAUCAACACCUUCGACACGGCUAACGUGUACGCAAACGGCGCGAGUGAGAUUGUGCUUGGCAAGGCGAUCAAGGCGAUCGGGUGCCCGCGUGAAGCCGUCGUCGUGCUCACCAAGUGCUACUUCCCGGUCGGGAAGCUUGGGGAGGCCGGAAACGUCGGUGGAGCGGCUGACAUGAAUACUCCAGAGGGCGCGAACGGGUCGGGACUCAGCAGAAAGCAUAUCUUCGGGUCGAUCAAGGCGUCACUUGAGCGGCUGCAGCUCGAUUAUGUCGAUGUGCUUCAGUGUCAUCGCUUCGACUACGACACGCCUAUCGAGGAGACGAUGCAGGCGCUCCACGACGUCGUGCAGGCCGGCUAUGCGCGAUACAUCGGCAUGAGCUCGUGCCACGCGUACCAGUUCCAUCAGAUGCAGAACUACGCCGUCACCAACCGCCUCACGCCGUUCAUCUCGAUGCAGAACUAUCACAACGGCGUGUACCGCGAGGAGGAGCGCGAGAUGGUUCCAACCCUCAAGAUGUUCGGCACGGGGAUGAUUCCUUGGUCGCCCCUCGCGCGCGGUUUCCUGACGCGGCCGUGGGACACCGAGGAGGGCCUCCGCCAAAAGACAGAUGCGGCUUAUAAGACCCGCAAGCUACACAUGCACACGGACGCCAUGAAGGCUAUCAACGAGCGCGUUGCCGAGCUGGCCAAGAAGAAGGGCGUGAGCAUGGCACAGAUCGCUCUCGCCUGGCAGCUGAGCUGCGACUUUGUCACCGCUCCCAUCGUCGGUAGCACGCGUCUGGCGGCACUCGACGAGCUCAUCGACGCCGUCGACAUGCGUCUCACCCCGGGCGAAAAGGCGUACAUCGACGAGCCGUACGUCCCGCAGGCGAUCAUCGGGCACACAUAG